AUGCACAAGGCCCUGGGUUCAAUCCCCAGCACCAUUAAAUAAAGAGCUGGGGAUAUAGCCCCUUGGGGCUGCAAAAUAAAUAAAUAAAUAAUAAGUGAAUGAAUGAAUAAAAAUAAAAAGUAUUUAGGGUUAUGAUAUAAAGCAGGCAGUCCUUGAUAAUAAUGCUGUGAGAACUGUUGAGGAGCUUGUUUGAAAUCAGGACUCUUGACAGUGCUUCAGCUCUGGGGAAAUAGGUCAGUGGUAUAGCACACUUGCCUAGCAUAUACAAGGCCCUGAGUUCAAUGCCCAGCACUGCAAGAAAAAAAAUUUAUGUAUAGUAAAUUCAUAUCCCCCAGUAGAGGGCAUGAUAGCAUUGACAUCCUAGUUGAUUUGAAAAUCAUUCUUAAAAUAGAGGAUUCAAAACUUCAAAGUAAGAGUUUUGGAGACUUAAAGUAGCAUUUAGAAUUCUAAUGAUAUUCUUAUUAAUUCUCAGGAUCUCCAGAGGAAGCCUGAAAAGCCAUAACAUACCAUGGGAUUGAAUGUGCUUUGUCCAUUGAAGGGGAUAAGAACUUUCCAUUCAGAUCCAAAUGCAUAUAGCUUUCUUUCUCUAGUUCAGAGUAAAUUUAGUUAGAAGAUGUACUGGAAACCCAUCAAGUGAGAAAGCUUUUCUUUUAUUGACUCCUGCUUUCUUUGAUGGUACUGUCACUUGUUAAAAGCUAACCAAGAGUGAAGUCCGAGCUGCGGUGGUGCAGAGUCAUGGCUGGACAAGUAUUUAGAAAGUUUCUUCCACUUUUUGACAGAGUAUUGGUUGAAAGGAGUGCAGCCGAAACUGUAACCAAAGAAGGCAUUAUGCUUCCAGAAAAAUUUCAAGGAAAAGUUUUGCAAGCACCAGUAGUAGCUGUGGGAUCAGGCUCUAAAGGAAAGGGUGGAGAGAUUCAGCCAGUUAGUAUAAAGGUUGGAGGUAAAGUUCUCCCAAAGUAUGGAGGCACCAAAGUAAUUCUAGAUGACAAGGAUUAUUUCUUAUUUAGAGAUGGAGACAUUCUUGGAAAGUAGGUAGACUGAAACGAAUCUCUGUUGAAGUGGCAUCCUAUGAAGCUGCCCACUCCACUCAAGCUCUGAAAUCUUUCAUCAUGUAAAUAAUUUCCAUGUCUCUUUUAUAAUAAACUGAUAAUCUAAUAGUAUCCACUAUCUCAAAAAUUUAGUUUCCCUGUACUUGUGUAAACAUUUCCAAAUAAAACGUGUAAAUGGGAAAAAAAAGCUAACUAUAGCCAGGCGCUGUGGCACAUGCUAUAAUCCCAGUGACUGGGGAAGCUGAGAUAGGAGGAUCACAAAUUCAAAGACAGC